AUGAUUGGCUGGCUGUGUGAGGGGUAAGAAACGGGAAGCUCUCAGGUUUACGGGCGUUAGUGAUUUGGUAGCUUGACGCGGUUGUGAGGAAGACCUGGUGUUUAGUGGGGUAUUUUGGAAUUAUUUUGGUGAUAUUUUGAAACAUGGGGUGCUUUUUCUCGAAAAAAUCAAGGAGAAAAUCUCCGGAUAAAGACCCUGCGCUGCCUUCCGAGGUCUCUACCAACAACACCAACGGUAACCAAGAGGAACCCAAACAGUACAGCUGGGACAAACGGGAAAAGGUUGAUCCCAAAGACUUCAUGCUGACCGGUUUGAAGGACACCACCGUGGGCCGUCUGCCCGGAAAACUGAACGGUCAGCAGUUCACCAUCCAAGAAUGCGAGAACUGCAACAUCUACGUGCUCGACCACUCGGCUACGGUCACCAUCGACGACUGCGUCAACUGCCGCAUUGUGCUCGGCCCCGUCAAAGGCAGCGUCUUCUUCCGGGAUUGCAGAGACGUUAAGUGCGUGGUGGCGUGCCAACAAUUCCGCACGAGGGACUGCAAGAAAAUGGACGUGUUUCUGUGCUGCGCCACGCAGCCCAUCAUCGAGUCUUCUACAGGCAUGAAGUUCGGCUGUUUUCAGUACUAUUACCCCGAGCUGGCCUUCCACUUCAAGGACGCAGGGCUGAGCAUCUUCAACAACAACUGGAGCAACGUGCACGACUUCACGCCCGUUUCAGGAGAGAACAACUGGAGUCUAAUGGCCGAGGACGCCGCCGUGUUGGAGCACGUCCCUCUUCCCGAUCCCGAGUCGGAGUUUAAGGGCGUACGCAUAUCCGCUGAUAAGAACCGCAGCAUCGUCCCGUUGACCAAAGGAGGGAGGAGAAAGGAGAGCGAGGAGUCCUGCCUGUUCGUCUUCUUCGCUGGAGAUUACACCACGGCCAACGCUCGGAAGCUCAUCGAUGAGGCGACUGUCAAGGGCUUCGUCCUCAUCCAGACCAAGGAGGUGUCCAUGCGUCCUGAAGACGUGAACAGGGUUUUCCAGAACAGCGCAGAGGAGCUCACCGAGUGGACGGCCAAAGGUCCUGUCGUGGCUCUCGAGCUGAACGGAGACGGCGUGGUGGAAGCCUGCAGGAUCAUCGCGAAUGAGGUGUUCAAAGGAACAAAGGUAUUUGUUUCUGAGAAUAAAAAUUCAGCCUCGCAGGACAUCGACAACUUUUUCAACUUUGCUGACAUGCAGUUGGGACUGUGACUGGAACAAACGCAAACCGAGUUUUUUUUAACAGACACAUUUUUCUAUGUUCAAUGUUGAAAACUAAAAGUGAGCUGGAGUUCAUGAUCUACUGGUGAAAGUGAUGAAGCAGGCGCAGAGUCCACUGGCGUCACUCUCACCUUUUAAAGGUUGGUUUAAACCCGUUUGGACCCCUAGGGGUCAAGAGGUCACAGUGGUGGAAAUCACAAACCACCAUUAUCAAAGUUAUUAUAUUAAUCGUUGCGUUCUCAUAGGUAUUAGUCCCGAAUGAAAUGCAAACCUCAAUAACUCAGGACGCUAUUGGACGAUUUGAGGAGUGAAUCAGAGCGAAAUUGAUUCAUUUGAUUCAUUUCACACUGCAUAUAGUGAAACGAAUCAUUAUGUGGAGUGUGAAGUGAAUGAAACGAAUCAAAAGAAUCAGUUUCACUCUGUGUAUUCAGUGUGAUUCAGUGUGCGUAUAGAGCUUCGAAUGUCCUCGUAAAUCUUUCAUUCACUGGCGAUAAAUACAGCGAUGGACAAAAAGUGAAACAGAACUUUAUCAAGUGCACAGAGAAAUCACAAAAAUCACCCCAACAUGGAGAACACAGCCAACACGAAAGUAAUGACUAGAUAAUCAUAUAAAUAACUAGUUUAAAACAUUUUAUGUGUCACAUCCAGAGUUUAUUUCCUCUUUUUGUCCAUAGCGUGAAGCACACAACGCGUUUGAUUCACUUCCUGCAGGUGAGUCGAUUCACUUACAGGUGAGUCGAAUCGCUUUCUCACUGGAGUUCACUCAGAAACGACUCUAGACCUCCUCGGAGACCAUCACGCUCAGACGAUGCUCAGAUCUGAGUGUGUUUCCGUGAUCUUCCCUGAAUAAAAAAAAACGCACAGAUGAUGAAACUUUUUAUAAAAAUGUGUUCUGUGAAAAGGAAACGCUCAGAAAUAUUUAAAUAACGAGUCUAAAUAUUUAAAUAUUUGGAUUAGGUUCAUAAAAUUAAAUCUGUACUGAGCAAAUCCAUGUUUUUUUUUUUGUUUUUUUUUAAACAUCAAAAUGGCUCCCUGGCUUAAAAAAAAAAAAAAAAAAAGCUUUGACAACCCCAGGUUUAAACAACUAUGUAAUGUUUUUUAUUUUUAUUUUACUGGUACUGCUGCUAAAUUUUAGGUUACGUGUUCGCAGGUUAGAUGUUUUUAUGCUGUUUAUCCUCCUUUUUCUUGAAUUUUUUUCUUGAAAGAUUAUUCUUGUAACGGUGAAAAAUCUUUGAAUGUCACUGCUCUGUGAGUCAUGCUGAAAAUAAGUUAAAGCGUGUAGAUAUUUAUUUAUCCGUAAGUGCAGCUCGUCACUGUCUGUAUAUGUGCUUCGUUUGUAAAUCAGGAAUCGAACUUGUUAGAACAGAGUUGUUGUUUUUUUAAUGAAAAAAUCUUAAUUUUCUCCUUUUCUCUACUUCUGUAGUUUGAUGCUGUAUACCUUUUCUCUUUUUGCUUGGACACUUUAUUCUCCGUGUUUUGUUUCAUUUUUAAAAAAAGAGGACAAAUCAUACGAGUUAUGUAUAGAAAUGAAUAUCUAAAGCUGGAGUGUUGCCAAUCAGAUGUAGCUGAAUGUACUGCUCUGUAAAGCUGUCACUUUUACAUCCCUUCUUUUUAUACCGAAAAUAUUUUACUCCUGUGAUCAAACGCAGUUUGUUUUGUACAGGUGAAAAAAAAAAACACAUUGUGAUAUUUUAACGUACUUUUGUACGUUUUAUCAGUUCUGGUUUGUAUGAGGCGGUUUUGUAGAAAUGAAUGUACACUGUGAUUUAUCUAUAUAUAUAUAUAUAUAUAUAAAAGUUUCUUCACAAGAG